UUCCAUUUUUAGACAAAAUGUCUGCAUUUCUAUUCUUAUUGCUACUAAUUUCGGCAAGCUCAAUCCUUGUUUCAUCAUCCUCACUUCAAGAUCCAGCUAUUGUGGUCCAAGAUGUACAAGAGAAAAUCAAUUCAUCCCGAAGAAACCUAGGUUACCUGUCCUGCUCGACAGGUAACCCCAUCGACGACUGCUGGCGGUGCAACUCUAACUGGGAGAGCCACCGCCAGCAGUUAGCCGACUGCGCGAUCGGAUUCGGCAAGAACGCGGCCGGAGGGCGGGGCGGCCGCAUCUACGUGGUCACCGACCCCGGGAACGACGACCCGGUCAACCCUCGGCCAGGGACCCUCCGGCACGCGGCGAUCCAGAGCGAGCCGCUGUGGAUAAUCUUCAAGAGCGACAUGGUGAUCCGGCUGAGGCAGGAGCUGGUGAUGAACUCGCACAAGACGAUCGACGGGCGCGGGGCCUCCGUGCACGUGGCGGACGGGCCGUGCAUCGCCAUCCACCACGCCACCAACAUCAUCAUCCACGGGAUACACAUCCACGACUGCAAGAAGGCCGGCAACGCCAACAUUAGGGACUCCCCCACCCACUCCGGGUGGUGGGAGGAGUCCGACGGCGACGGGAUAUCGAUCUUCGGAGGCCGGGAUGUGUGGAUUGAUCACUGCUCCUUGUCCAACUGCAACGACGGGUUGAUUGAUGCGAUUCAUGGCUCCACUGCGAUUACGAUUUCGAAUAGCUACUUCACGCAUCAUGAUAAGGUGAUGUUGUUGGGGCAUAAUGAUGCGUUUGUGCAAGAUAAGAGCAUGCAGGUCACCAUUGCUUUUAAUCAUUUUGGAGAAGGAUUAGUUCAAAGAAUGCCUAGGUGCAGGCAUGGAUAUUUUCAUGUAGUAAACAAUGACUAUACACAUUGGGAAAUGUAUGCGAUUGGUGGGAGUGCUUCUCCAACAAUUUAUAGUCAAGGGAAUAGGUUUCUUGCGCCAAACAAUAGGGUUAGGAAAGAGGUGACAAAGCAUGAGGAUGCACCCGAAAGCGAGUGGAGAGGGUGGAAUUGGAGGUCGGAAGGUGACUUGAUGCUCAACGGGGCUUAUUUCCGGCAGUCGGGGCAUGCUGGAGCUUCAUCAGCGUAUGCUAGGGCGUCGAGUUUGAGUGCAAGGCCAUCGUCUCUUGUGGGUUCAAUAACUGGUGCCUCAGGCCCACUUAGUUGCAAGAAGGGAAGUCAUUGCUAGUUCAAAUAUUCACACAUCUAAUUAGUAAAUGAUGAAGCAUAUAUAUAAGUCAAACGUAGGACAUGAGUUGACUUAUGAAACAUCUAUAGCAUGUAUUAGUACCAUUGGUUUUUGCU